AUUUGAUGGUGCAUUGUGGGUAAUUACGAAUAGCUCGCCCGCAUGAAGGUGAAAGUGUGGUGCUAGUAGGCCGACUACGAUAGACUUCGUUUACAGACAGCUGAGGAUUAUAAAACGGAAAGCAACAAGUAAUCAAGCGGGAAAAUGUCCAGAGGCCAAGGACCUGAGCCUCUCAUGCAAAAAAAUCCUAUGCCUUUUGGGCGCCAUGGCCCUGGUCCGUUUCGCGGACCACCACCAGACAUGCGCGGUCCGCCCCGUGAUAUGAGAGGACCACCGCAUAUGCGUGGGCCACCAAGAGAUAUGAGGGGACCACCUUUCCGCGGACCUCCUCCAGAUUACAUGUUUGGCCCAGAUGAUGAUUUCGGACCACCCCCUGACAUGAGGGGUCGACCAAGAGGAAUGCGUGGGCCUCCUCGAGAUAUGUUUGAUGACGGCUAUGGUCCUGAUGAUGGAUUUGGUCCAGAUGAUGGAUACGGUAUGGAUGACGAAUUCGGUCCACCAGACAUGAGAAGGGGUCCUCCAUUCGACAUGAGGGGGCCUCCACCUGAUAUGCGGGGACCUCCUUUUGACAUGAGAGGGCCACCAGAUAUGUUCCGUGGUUCUAGAAUGAGGGGCCCACCACGUGGCCCUCCCCCUGAUAUGUUUGGUCCUCCAGAUAACUUUCAUGGUCCUCCUGACAUGCGUGGUCCUCAGCGAGGUGACAGGCGUAGACCACAUGACAGAGAAAUGAGAGGCCGUCAGUUUGGAGCUGCCAACGAUCAACAUCCAUCUGGUUUCAUACAGAAAGAUAAGAACCAGAAAGGAAAAUCGACAAAACAGCAAAAGCAGAAAACAUCAAAGAAAAAGAAGGGAAAGUCAGCGCAAGUGAAGAAGGUGGUCGAUGAGGACAAAGAGAGCAAAGACAAGCCAGAAGAUGAAGCAGAAAAUGCAACCACGGAUGAUGGUUUGAAUGCUAAAGCCGAUGAGGAGGCUGAGGAAGAACAAAGUGACGAAGAGGGGGACGAAGAGGGAGAUGAAGAAGAAGAAUCUGGAGAAGAAGAAUCAGGCGAGGAAGAUGAAGAUGAAGAUGAUUCUGGGGAAGAAGACGACGACGAUGACGAAGACGAAAGCACAGAUACGAGCGAGGCUGGAAAAGAGAAAGACAAUAAACAAGGAAGAAAGGAAAAUGGGGAAAAGAUGGGAUCUCAGGCAAGAGGGCCCGGAGAUAUAAGGCCUCAAGUCUCUAUGCAUUCGGGACGCCAAGACUUCCAGCCCAGACAGGCUGGUGCUCCUGGUAUGCACAGACCAAUGGGGAUGCCUCCAGGCAUGCCGCCAAAUAACAUGGCACAAAGACCGCCUUUUCUUGGACCUGGUGGGAUGCAAAGGAUGCCACCCCCUGACCAGCAAAGAUUUAUCGUGCCUGCGCAGCAGUUCGGUCAAAUUCCGAAUCAACAAGCGCAAAGGGCUCAAAUGCGACCUCAGAUGAUGACACAACCUCCUAGAAUGGACCUGCAAAGGCCACCGUUACCUAUGGGUGGGAUACCGCAAGGAAUCCCUCCCCCCGGCAUGCAAGCACUUCCUGGCCAGAUACUGCGACAACACCCUCCUGGCCCCACAGGUAUAGGGCCUACUCAAAUGCAAAUGGCUGGCACGCCUCUCCGACCAGGGCUUCCACCCCAAGUCGCUCCUAUGACUCCAGAACAACUAGGUCUCGCUCAGCGCCCUGGAGUAUCGAUGGUUUCAAAUUCUGGAUUACAUCAAAACCCGUCAGCAAUGACAAUGGUACGACAGCCUGGUAUUGUACAUCAAUCUGCUGUAGCGCCUGGUGCUCAAAUGAUUGGUGCCAACGCCAGAGCUCAGAUAUCACCCCAUCAAAUGCAGCAACAACAACUUCAACAGCAGCAAUUGCAGCAACAGCAACUUCAACAACAGCAAAUCAUUCGCGCACAACAGGCCCUGCAGCAGCAACAAGCUCAGCAGCAACAUGCUCAACAGCAACAAGCUCAGCAACAACAGCAACUUCAGAUGCUGCGACUGCAGCAGCUGCAACAACAGCAACGACAACAGCAAGCUGUCCAGGCAUUGCAGCUUCAGCAAGGCCUUCCCAACCAGACGCAGGCUGCAAUGGUGCAAUCACAGUUGCCAAACCAGGCAAUGGUUCAACGUCAGGCAGCGCCACUGGCAGGCACCCAGUUACAAAUGGUUCGCGGCCCAAAUGGGCAAGUAAUUAUGCAGCAACCGGGUCAGUUAUUAGCUGCAGCCGGCAUGCAGGGCUCAGAUCAGGCCGCCUUACAAGCUUCUCAGUUAGGCUCCAUGGCUCAAGCAGCAACUGUGCGUCCUGGGGCUGGAAUUCAGUCUGUCCCUCAAGGACAACAAAGAAUGCUUUAUGCUGGAAAUGUAGUUGCCAACAAUAUGCAAAUAAGGCCAGGUUUCCCAGGGCAGGGAACUGAUUUGAUUGCUGCUGCUGCAGCCCAACAGCAACAGCAACAGCAACAACAAAGGAAAUUGUACGAAGCACAGCUAAUGAGGCAGCAGCAGCAACAACAACAGCAACAUCAGCAAGAUCCCUCGAGACAAAUGCUUGUGCAGAAAGCGACCACAUCUGCCCUCCAUAAAGAGAAACGACGUCGGUAUAGUGAUGAUAGUGGUAGUCCAUACAGUAGCAGGUCAAGAUCUGUUUCAAGGUCUCGUUCAAGAUCCUGGACCCGCUCCCGGUCACAGUCACGGUCGUUGUCUCGAUCAGUCUCCCGAUCUUUAUCCCGAUCAGCUUCAAGGUCACCCUCUCGUUCAUGGGCUUCCCGUUCUGGUUCAAGAUCUAGGUCCAGGUCGUUUUCCCCUGGAGGAAAUAGAGACGGGGAUCAAAGAGGGAAAGUUCGUCCCCAACCAGUAGGGGAAAGGUAUCGAGAGAAUAGACCUCAAAUGAGCAGAUCUUCAGUAGAGAGAACACGUGAGCGUCCAAGAGAAAGAGCUGGCUACAAAGAAAGAGAACGGGCUGCAAGUAGAGACAGGGAUCGUGAAAGAUCACGGGGUCGACCUCGUGAAGAUAGAACACCAAGGGAAGAUAAUCGGCAAAGACUGCAGCACCAAGGGUCUUCAAGGGACCGUCGCGAAUCAAGAGAGUUAAAAGAACCGAGAGCCUUUAGAGAACAGAGAGAACCAAGAGAUCAGAGAGAACCAAGAGAUCAAAGGGAACCAAGAGAGCAAAGAGAGUUUCGUGAUCAGAGGGAACCGAGAGAACAAAAAGAGGCAAGGGAUCAGAGAGAACCUAGAGAACAGCGGGAGCAACGGGAGCCAAGAGACCAGCGGGAGCAGAGAGACCAGCGCGAGCCUAGAGACCAGCGUGAGCCUAGAGACCAGCGCGAGCCUAGAGACCAGCGCGAGCCUAGAGACCAACGGGAGCAGAGAGACCAGCGAGACUAUGUACGUGAUCAAAGAGCAUCAAGAGAAAACAGAGGCAUGAAAGAAAAAAGAGAGUAUGACAGAAGGAUGGAAAAAGAUAUAGAGAAAGAUCGACCCACAAAAAGGCGUCGUAAUGAGCGUGACCGAGAGCAAGGUGAGCUUGAAGAGGAAACAAGAGCAAGCACGUCAAGGCAAAGAACAACGAGCCCCGAUUCAGCUCAAAGGCGGCCUCGACGUGAUUCAAGGAAAAGCAGUGAACGCCAAGCCAAUGCAGCUACCACGCCAAGAGCUGAAAAGAACAGAGUUAUGAUAUCCAACGUAUCAUCUUCAACAACUGAGAGAAAGCUUAAAACACUUAUGGCGGAAAUUGGGAAGAUUGAGCUUUUGAAGAUUUCAAGAUCACGGCAUAAAGCACUGGUCACUUAUUUCAAACCCGAGCAUGCGAUGGCCUGUAAGAAACGCUUCAACAGAACCGUUGUGGAUGAAAAUGAAAUAACUGUAGAGUUCGUGUGAUGAAGAGCUGCUAAAGAUUUCCUGUCAAAGAUCCGUCUUGGAAAUAUUGAGAGCCAUCGACAAAGCAGGUAUCUUAUCUAGAACUUUAAGUCUUAGACCCCUAGCUUUGUUUACGUGUAGAGCUUCUAUAGGUCGUCGAUUUGAUUAGAACCAAUCAGCAGACAGUAAUUUUAAAAUAAUAGCAAGAUUAUGUUAUUCUGUUAUUCUGGUUAAAUAAAAAGCACUGGACAGUUGGUGGAAGAGACGAAAAAACAUUGCAGCUCGCAAAAGUACGAUCCACAUUGCCUUGCAGCUGAGAUUCCUCGUCAUCUUCAGAAUGGCAAAGCUUCCCCACUGCAGGAAAGACGCUCAAUUGUACUGACAUGUCAAGUUUAAUUCCUGUUUCAUUUUUUCAAAAGUUAAUUUGUGAUUACUUAGUAUGAAAAAGAACAUCAAUGUG